GCGCCAUGUUGCCGGAGCGGGGCAGGGGGCGGCGGUGAGCGCUGCGGCCCGGCGCCCUCCCCUCAGCUGCCCUCCCCCGUCCGGGGCCGCGGCCGAGCGGGGCUUCCCCCGGCACCAUGAGCGGUGCCGGCGGGCGGGUGUGCGACCUGUCCCGGCGUAACCCCCAGGAGGACUUCGAGCUCAUCCAGCGCAUCGGCAGCGGCACUUACGGCGACGUCUACAAGGCUAGAAAUGUCAACACGGGUGAGCUAGCAGCGAUCAAAGUAAUAAAGUUAGAACCAGGAGAAGAUUUUGCUGUUGUGCAGCAGGAAAUCAUUAUGAUGAAAGACUGUAAACAUCCAAACAUUGUUGCUUAUUUUGGCAGCUAUCUCAGACGUGACAAGCUGUGGAUCUGCAUGGAGUUUUGUGGAGGUGGCUCUCUACAGGAUAUUUAUCAUGUGACCGGACCACUUUCAGAACAGCAGAUUGCCUACGUUAGCAGAGAAACACUACAGGGGCUCUAUUACCUUCACAGUAAAGGAAAAAUGCAUAGAGACAUAAAGGGAGCAAACAUUCUUUUAACGGAUAAUGGACAUGUAAAAUUAGCUGAUUUUGGAGUAUCUGCGCAGAUAACAGCUACAAUUGCCAAAAGGAAAUCGUUCAUUGGCACCCCGUAUUGGAUGGCACCAGAAGUUGCUGCAGUAGAAAGAAAAGGUGGCUACAACCAACUCUGUGAUCUGUGGGCAGUUGGAAUAACUGCUAUAGAGCUUGCUGAACUUCAACCUCCAAUGUUUGACCUGCAUCCAAUGAGAGCACUUUUUCUAAUGACAAAAAGCAACUUCCAGCCUCCUAAGCUAAAGGACAAAAUGAAAUGGUCCAAUAGUUUUCAUCAUUUUGUGAAAAUGGCACUUACAAAAAAUCCUAAAAAAAGACCUACAGCUGAAAAAUUACUGCAGCAUCCUUUUGUUACCCAGCCAUUAAAUCGAAGUCUUGCUAUUGAACUUUUGGAUAAAAUGAAUAAUCCUGAUCAUUCCACUUACCAUGACUUUGAUGAUGAUGAUCCUGAGCCUCUUGUUGUGCCUCAUAGAAUUCAUUCGACAAGUAGAAAUGUGAGAGAAGAAAAGACACGCUCUGAAAUAAACUUUGGUCAAGUAAAAUUUGAUCCACCCUUGAGGAAAGAAACAGAGCCACAUCAUGAAUUUGAUCUGCAGCUAGAAUAUGGUCAUGGUCCUCAGGGUGGCUACUUCUUGGGUGCAAAUAAGAGUCUCUUAAAAUCAGUUGAAGAGGAACUGCAUCAGCGGGGACAUGUGGCGCAUUUAGAAGAUGAUGAUGAUGAUGCAGAUGAUGAUGCUAAACAUGCCACUAUGAAACCUAAAGUGCCACCUCCCUUACCACCAAAGCCUAAAUCCAUCUUUAUCCCUCAAGAAACUCAUUCUUCUGAAAAUGAUAAUCAAGGGACAAUCAAGAGAUGCCCAGCAUCAGACAGUCCAGCAAAGUCUGCAUCUCAUGUUCCACCAAGACCACCGCCGCCGCGGUUACCUCCACAGAAGUCUCAUGUUUUAGGUGAGAGUGAUGCCAAGAAGUGUACAGGUAAUGGAAUCACUUCUGUACAAUUAAACGGCGAAAGAGAGGGAUCACCACAUCAACAGAAUGAAGCUAGAGACACUAGUUUUUCAAGGAAAGAAAAGAAAGAAAUACUGAAACCAAUUAGUAAUGGCCUUCCUCCCACACCUAAAGUACAUAUGGGCGCUUGCUUUUCAAAGGUUUUCAAUGGCUGUCCAUUAAAAAUUCACUGUGCAACAUCAUGGAUAAAUCCAGAUACAAGAGAUCAGUACUUGAUAUUUGGUGCAGAAGAAGGUAUUUACACACUGAACCUCAAUGAACUUCAUGAAACAUCAAUGGAGCAGCUAUUCCCUCGAAGGUGUACGUGGUUAUAUGUCAUGAACAAUUGCUUAUUAUCAAUAUCUGGUAAAGCUUCUCAGCUAUAUUCUCAUAAUCUGCCAGGACUCUUUGAUUAUGCAAGGCAAAUGCAAAAGUUACCUGUUGCUAUUCCAGCACAUAAACUUCCUGACCGAAUACUUCCCAGGAAAUUUGCUGUAUCUACAAAAAUUCCUGAGACGAAAUGGUGUCAAAAAUGUUGUGUCGUGAGAAAUCCCUACACAGGCCACAAGUACCUUUGUGGAGCACUACAGUCUAGUAUUGUUUUGUUAGAAUGGGUUGAACCAAUGCAAAAAUUCAUGUUAAUCAAGCACAUAGAUUUUCCUGUACCUUGUCCACUGAGAUUGUUUGAAAUGUUGGUAGUCCCCGAGCAGGAAUUCCCUUUAGUUUGUGUUGGUGUCAGCAGAGGAAGAGACUUCAACCAGGUGGUGAAGUUUGAGACUGUCAACCCAAAUUCUACCUCUUCAUGGUUUACAGAAACAGACACUACAGAGACAAGUGUUGUGCAUGUAACACAGCUGGAGAGAGAUACCAUUUUGGUGUGUUUGGAUUGCUGCAUAAAAAUAGUGAAUCUGCAAGGCAGGUUAAAAUCCAGCCGCAAACUGUCAUCAGAACUCACAUUUGACUUUCAGAUUGAAUCAAUAGUCUGUCUACAGGACAGUGUGUUAGCAUUCUGGAAACAUGGGAUGCAAGGAAGGAGUUUCAGAUCAAAUGAGAUCACACAAGAAAUUUCUGAUAAUACAAGGAUAUUCAGGCUUCUGGGAUCUGACAGGGUCGUGGUGCUGGAAAGCAGGCCGACAGAUAACCCAACAGCCAACAGCAAUCUAUAUAUCCUCGCUGGGCAUGAGAACAGUUACUGAGAAUGGUGUGCAGCAGCUCACCUCGACAAGAUAGCACUCCUGCGGCGGCAUUCACGGCUGGCUGAAAUUGCACAAAAGCUGCAGUAACCUGACUUCAGUUACUUUAUAAUUUAUUACGGCAUGAGAGGAAGAUGAGAAUUGUUUGUGGUAUGGACACACAAGCAUUCAGAUGCCACAAAAGUGCUUAAUUUACUGUUAUGUAAUCUUUGUACAUAUGCAGUAUUUUUCAGUGAAACUUCUUGGUGAAGACCUACACUGACUUUCUGUAGAUAGUGGUCCUCCUGUUAAGUACAAGUGUCUUACCUGUACAGAUGUAAAAGUCACUGAGGAUGCAAAAAUGAAAUCGGGGUACUAUUUUAAGGAUUUGUCAUGUGUUUAUUAUAAAGUGGGAUGCUAGGAACAAAUAUAGUACAUUUAACGACACUAUUGUAUUUUAUUAUAUGUAAUUUACUAAUACAAAUAAAUUUAACUUUUAGAAAUUGUAGCCAAGGCUGUAAUCAGAUUACAAUCUUGUUUUAAUUUUGAUGCAACACACUGGUGUUCAUGUUUGCACAACAUAUUGAGAUGUGAUGUAUUCAGUCACAAAGGUAAGCUGUGACUUUGUGGAUAUGACUUGGGCUUCAGAGUUCCCUUUUUUUUGUUUACGCGGGUAGUUUUCUUUGUGGAACAAACCAGUUAGACACCUGUAUUUUAUAUUUAAUUAAAACUCUCUUUACGAUUACUUCUCUGUGCUUGAAAACAAGACUUUCUGGAUGGGUGUCAGUCCCAGAAUAGUGGUACCUUGCUGUAACACUGCAGUAGGUGUUUGAAUUACUAGCAUAUACAGUGAAAAAAAAUUAGUAUUACUGUUUGUCUUACUAAAUAGUUUCAUAUCACAGUGAAAAGGCAGCAGCAUUCCACGUUGUGGAAAUGGCUCGAAGAUUAUGUCAUUUUGACUUUUUUUGGCCUUAUAACCAUUUUCACACUUUCUUUGAUUUAGGAUGUUAACACAUGGCCAAAAUAAUUUAGUUACUACCUCAUUCAAACAAUACAAUGGUUACUACGCAUCACAGGAACUUAGUUUUGAUCAGAAGUAUUUUUGAUUGCUAUUUUCCAAUGGAGUAUGUAAAUGCCAAGUUUUAGCAAAAUGCACACAUUUGACUCCUUUUUUGUAUAUGUUCUUUUAUAUUUUAUUGUGAUAAUAUACACUAAAGCCAAACUAAAUUUAAAGUGAUUUAUGGCCUGCAUUAUUGUUGUGAUUGGUAAUGCUUUGAAAUAUGUUCUCUAAUGUAUAUAAUGUAAAAUAAACUUUUUUUAACAUGUUGUUGUACAAGUAGAUUACCACAUGCACUAAUUUCCACAUAAGACUAAAAUCUGCUGAUGGAACAUACUGAGUCUUGAAUUCUGCUAUUAAAUGUUUGUGCCGAACACAGAAGCUGGGCGUUGCUGAAUGUAUAAAAGGUCAGACCACUGGAGCUCCACUGAAUUUAGAGUAGCACUUAAAUGUAGGCAGUAUUACUCUUGUAUGCCCCUAGGCAAUGGAUAUAUGUAUUUUGGACAUGUCCUUCCAAACUCUGGCUUGUUUAAUUUCUUCCUCAGAGUAACUUGACCUCUCCCUCUAUCAAGUGCACCUCUGUUGCUUGCAAAACUUGAUUUUUAUUUUAAUCUUUUCAGCCGAGCUAUUUCUUGUUGGUCUGUUUGUUUGUAUAAUGCCUGUAGCUUGUUGGAUCUGCUGGCCCCAUCUCCUCCCUUGCAGUUGAACCUCAAAUCCGCCCUGUGGGAGAGGUGGUAACGAGCCACGGUGCCGGGAAGCUGAAUUCUCAGAAAAGGCAAGAAGUUCUGAGUGUUUCACUUGUAUAUUGCUGCUGCCCAAGGGGGAUUUCCAUCCUGCCUCUGUGCACUAUUCCUCACUUCAAUGUGCAAAAAGUAACAGACUUCUAACCAAGUACAAUACAGCUGAUGUGCAAGCAUGCUGCUUCCUCUUAGGUUUCUGCAGCAGCUGGGGCCCCGUAGCUUGCUGUUUGGGGUUUCUGGGGCACUGCUGAACAGGGAGCACCAGGAGCUUGGGAAAAUUGUUUUUUGCUCAGGUUGAGCAGUUCUGGUAGAAAGACGUACAGCUGCGAUUGCUUGCUGAAAUCAAGGAAGACGGGGAAAGAGAAAGGAGAGAGCGCAUGUGCUAAGAUGUGAUUGUCUCAAGUUUAUUUUUACAGCCAAGACACCUUGCCUUCCCUGUGCUACUUUCUAGUUUGAAACAUGAGCUAAGGCUGGAUCCCGGCUCAGGUGGAGCUUCUUCAAGAGAACAAAGAAGCAGGGUUGUCCAGGUCCUUCGCAGAAAGGAAAGCUGUGCCAGAACCCCCAGCCUGACACUGACAGCUCAGGUCAUGCCAGCUUGGUGCAGUAUUUUGGACCGCAGCCCUCACACGUUGAUCUCCAGCUAGAAGAGCUUGUGAGCAAAGCACGAGUGUAAUUUUACACCCAGUGUUGCACAUAUUUGAUAGCAGGCUUUAAACGCCGACAGACUGAUGUUUCGCCAUAUGGCAGACUGUGAGAUGCUGAGAUGGCAACGCUGAACUUGCAGGCAGCCUGCUAGGCCAAGCAUCCAGCUCUGAGAGGCAAAAAUUCCCUCCUUUCAUCCCCAUCCCAGCGUGUUCAAAGCAGAAGUCUGACUCCUUCAGACAGCAGAGUCUGGCUGGAGGAAAAUCACCUGAGGCAGAGCUGUGGGGUAAAGGCAGUUCUUUCUGAGACGCUCCAUCCAUUGUCUGCUGCAAUGCUGCUCAGUGUCUGGGGACCAUCUCCUGUCCUCAGAGCGCUUCACAUGCUAAUUAAGCGAGCUUCUCCAUGUGCCUGCCGUUUCUGACAGGUGUCUGUGGUAUCGGCCCUGGAAAAAGAUGAGACUCCACGGUCUGCUCAAGUGCUCUGUCUGGGUACCUCACUCUCCUCCCAUCCAGGAAGCUGAUCCCAAACCAUCCUUCCAGCAAUCUGCAGAGGUUUCACACUUCUCACCCUCCCUGCGAGCAUUAGCUGGCUAACUUCUCCAGACUCCUUGUUUUGCAGAACAGGGCAUAGUGAAGCUGCAUUGGAUUUUCAGCAUCGUUUGCCCUGCCAGGCCCCACAAAGAGGGAACAUCAAUUUAUGUUACAGCUGUGCUUUUCUUGGCCUUUUUUUCUCCCCCCACCCUUCAAGCUGCUCUUGUGCUGCUUGAACAGGGUGUUUGUUUAUCCCUGAUCUCAGCCCACGGGAGGUGCCUCUGUCUUUCUAAGGACAAGCAACAGAGCUUCCCCAGGAGCAGUAACACUGCCCAUGGUCUCCAGCUGCCAGCAGAUACCCAGAGGCAGGCGCCAUCACCUGCCUGCAUCUCCAUCAGCCACACAAGAUGCAAGGCCUGGUGCCAGAGCGAGCAGUCAGCAUGUGGGCACUUGGCUGAGAGAGGGGCUGAGGGCUGCUUCCCCCCAGCCUGGCUCCCUCUGGAGCAAUUAAACUUGAAGGUACAAUAAGUAAAUCUGCAGACAGCAUUACAUUAGGAGGAGCUAUUUCUUCCCUCAAGGGCAGAGAGGCCUUGCAGAAAAAUCACAACAAAUUAGAGGGCCGUGCAAUCACCAGCUGCAUGAAUUCGAUGAGAGCAAAUGCUGGAUUCUGCAGCUGGGGUGGGCAACCCUAAGUCUAUGUACAGAAUGGAGGAGAGGCUGGAGAGCAGCCGUGCUGACGUAGAUAGCGGGGUUCUGGUUGGUGAACAAAACUAUUAGUGUCCAAGGGAGGCUGCAGGGAUGGAGAAGGGUCUGCAAGACACCGUGUGUGAGGAGUGUGGAGGCGCCUGGGUUUGCUCGGCGCAGCGCAGAGGAGCUGCGGGGAGGCCUCGUGGCGGCUGCAGCUCCUCACGGGGAGCGGAGGGCAGCGCUGAGCUCUGCUCUGUGGGGACGGCAUGGAGCCGUGUCAGGGGAGGGGCAGCUGGGGUUAGGGGCAGGGUGUGCACCAGGGGCACGGAGCGGGCUGCCCGGGGCAGUCGUAGCCCUAAUGCCGGAGCUCGGGGUCUGCCGAAGCCCGCUCUAAGACACCAGGUUUGGGUGGUGCUGCGCAGAGCCGGGCCCGGGCCCGAUGAUCCUCGCGUGUGACAGAACGACGGAGUGGCUCGGGUUGGAAAGGAUCUUAAAGACCGGCGUGCCCUUCCGGCUCGGGUCAGUCUAUGAUCCUGUGAUCCUCUAUAACGGUACCCUCCCUCCCCACUGCGCGGUGCUACUCGGGCCCCGCAGCGGCUCGCGGCCGAGCUCCCCUCGCGGAUCGGGGGGCAGCCCCGCGGGGGCGGAGCGGCG